GAUAACAUAAGCUGCACGGCCAAAAGCUGAGAAGCGUGAAACAUUGUUGAUUGAUGGUUGCUUUUCCCUGGUCGCGUUACCUUUGAUAUUGCAUCACACCGCCGUUUAAGCCCCAAUUGAACCUGUAAGGUUCCACGAAGGCAGUAGCGCUGCGCGGCUGGGCACUAACCCUGGCGCGGCGUGGACCCGGUGCAUAGCACCAGCACGGCUGGGUGCGCCGGCGAGCACACCGCUGCCGUAGACCUGCUGUCCUAAGAUGCUAUCGACCAGGCCGCUUGCGGCCGUGAGCGGCCUGCUGGGCGGGGCCCUGCGCCGCGCAGCGGCCGCAGCAGCCACGGCAGAGGCGUCGCCGGCUAGCUCCUGCCUGGGCGCGGGUCCUGCCAGGGCAUCCACGUCUGGUCGCGGCUAUGCAUCCAUGCCGGAUACAGUGCGGUCGGCCCUCGGUUUCUGCGUCCAGCAAGUCAGGCAGUACGACUACCCCAACUAUGUGUGGGUGGCGCAGAUGGACAAGGACCUGCGGCCUGCGCUGUUCGCUUUGCGCGCCUUCAACAUCGAGACGGCGCUGGUGGCAGACCAGGUCCGCAGCAAGGAGAGCGUGGUGGGGCAAAUCCGCUUCCAGUGGUGGCGCGACGCGGUGCGGGCGGCCUACGAGGACCGGCCGCCCAACCACCCCGUGGCCAUCGCCCUGGCACACGUGCUGCACAGCCCCGGGCCCACGCCGCCGCCCGCCCCGGCUGUAGCCACACCGGCAGCAGAUGCUGCAGCCGGGGGCGCGCAGGCGGACGCCGGCUGCAGCGAUUCUGGCUGCGGCAGCGACUCGCCGCGCAGCAGUGCCGCCGCGGCCGCCGCCGGCAGUAGCAGCGGCAGCAGCGGUCCGGGCCGGUUCAGCCGCUACAGCUUCAAGCGCAUCAUCGACGUGCGUGAAUCGGACUUCCUGGACCCGCAGCCGCCGCUGGACAUGGGCGCGCUGGAGAGCUACGCGGAGGGCACCGCCUCGCAGCUGCUGUACCUGCAGCUGGCGGCUGCGGGCAUCAAGCACCGCGACGCCGACCACGCCGCCUCGCACCUGGGUCGGGCCGUAGGCAUCACCACGCUGCUGCGCGGCAUGCCGGUGCACGCGGCGGCGCGGCGCAGCUACCUGCCCGUGGACCUGUGCGCGGAGGCGCGCGUGUCGCAGGAGGACGUGUACAGCGGCGUAGUGAGCGAGGGGCUGCGGGACGUGGCGCACAAGGUGGCCAGCCUGGCCAAGGGCCAUCUGGACGAGGCCCGCCGCCUGGCGCCUCGGCUGCCCCCGGGCGCGGCGGGACUCAUGCUGCCUGCCGUGGCGGUGGACAGGUACCUGAAGGCCCUGGAAGCCGCCAACUUUGACCCGUUUGACGCGGGGCUGCUCAAGCAGCACGGGGGUGGCUCGGGCGCAGCGCCGCUAUCCUAUGUGCUGGCCGUCAAGUGGCACCAGCUGAGGGGGACCUACUAGGACCAGCGCGGCACACUGGACCUGGGGGAGAGGAGAGGAGAGGGCGGCAGAGGGGAGGCGGGAGAAGGGAGGAGAGGGAAGGAGAAGGGAGGGGAGCGUGCGGUCGAAGGGCAGAGCUGCGCUGGGGUGGCGGGGCGGGGCGUGCGGGCCUUCGGCCUUGGGCAGGAGCGAAGUAGGGGUGCAGAGGUCAGGCGCGGGCAGUACGGUAGCUGCUGGCAGGGAAGGCGGCGAAGGGACUGAGAUGUACCGCAGGGUGAGCAGCUGCGGUGCUGGCGCCACUGCGCUUAGCGUGUGCAUGCAGCGUGGAGUGAGGUACAUGUGCAGCAAAGCUGCCACGGAGCUGAUGCGAAGAGUUCGAGUGAGUUGGAGUGAGUGAAGUGAGAGGCUUGAUGUUAUGUGCGGGUUGGCCAAUACCCGUGGUUAAUACCCCUCGUCCCCUCCAUGGUAGGGGAACGCUGGAAGCAAGUAAGGGAUUAAUCCUGCUCUUCCGUGUUGCCCGUCGUGUUAUGCCAGCUCAAAGCAUGCGGCCCCAGCAGGGAGGCAGCCAGGCAGAGUAUGGCAACGCAGCACAUGUUGCAUCAGGGUACGUCCUCCGCGACGCACUACGCAUUAA